CAUGAUACCUCUCACCUCCACCACCUUCACUACUACAUGAUCCGAGCAGGAUAUUUGCUGCUUCUUUUAAUUCUAACCACCAGCCUGAAUUUCCUGUUUUGAGGAGGACGGAGCUCUUGAAAUGCACAAUCAUCAGAAUCCCCGGACAGUGACUCAGUAGGUUGCACUCGGCGGCGGUUCGGUCUCCUCCACAAGGGCAGCGCAGCGUCUCUCUCCCGAGCGCCUGUUUUCACAUCGUGUACCUUUAAAAGGUUGAACCCCGGCGGUCUGUGAGCAGCGGAUUGUGGCUCCUCUCGGCUCAGCUGUGCGCACCAUCCAGCAGUGACAUGGCACAGAGGCGGUGAGCUGCCAGCAGCCGCAGCAGCAUCCUGCGCCAUGGACGCGCUCCGACGGCCGAAGCGGAGCGCAGCGCUGGACGCGAUCAUGAUGGCCGUGUGGAUCCUUCUGAGCUCGGUGUCUGGACUGAAGGCGGAGGACGACGGAAUGGAAGAACUUGCCACCGAGAAGGAGGCUGAGGAAAGUCACCGACAGGACAGCGUCAAUCUGCUGACAUUCAUUCUGCUGCUGACCUUAACGAUCCUCACCAUAUGGCUCUUUAAGCACAGAAGGGUUCGUUUCCUUCACGAAACCGGCCUGGCAAUGAUUUACGGGUUGCUGGUAGGUGUGAUUCUGCGUUACGGCAUUCCUGCAACCAGCUACCACAAUAAGACGCCUCCAAGCUGCUCGCUGAAGGAAGGACCUGCCAGCACCCUGCUGCUUAAUGUCAGCGGCAAGUUCUUUGAGUACACCCUCAAAGGGGAGAUCAACUCCAGAGAGAUUCACAAUGUGGAGCAGAAUGAUAUGUUGCGCAAGGUGACCUUUGACCCUGAGGUGUUCUUCAACAUACUGCUGCCUCCGAUUAUUUUCCAUGCCGGGUACAGUCUGAAGAAGAGACACUUCUUCAGGAAUCUAGGCUCCAUCAUAACCUAUGCGUUUCUUGGUACUGCCAUCUCUUGUUUUGUUAUUGGGAACCUGAUGUACGGUGUGGUCAAGCUGAUGCAAGUGGUCGGACAGCUGACGGACAAGUUCUACUACACCGACUGCCUUUUCUUUGGUGCCAUCAUUUCUGCCACAGACCCAGUGACGGUGUUGGCCAUCUUUAAUGAGCUCCAUGCAGACGGGGAUCUCUACGCUCUGCUGUUUGGAGAAAGUGUGAUGAAUGAUGCAGUGGCCAUCGUGCUCUCCUCGUCUAUCGUGGCCUACCAGCCCAGUGGCACAAACACUCACAUGUUUGACGCUUCAGCCUUCUUCAAGUCGGUGGGCGUUUUUCUGGGUAUCUUCAGCGGCUCCUUUCUGAUGGGUGCAGCCACAGGAGUCGUCACCGCUCUCGUCACCAAGUUCACCAAACUGCACUGCUUCCCGCUGCUGGAGACGGCCCUCUUCUUCCUCAUGUCCUGGAGUACUUUCCUGCUGGCUGAGGCCUGCGGGUUCACAGGUGUCGUAGCGGUGCUGUUUUGUGGCAUCACCCAGGCUCACUACACCUACAACAACCUCUCUGAAGAGUCCACCAAACGCACCAAGCAGCUCUUUGAGGUCCUUCACUUCCUGGCUGAGAACUUCAUCUUCUCCUACAUGGGUUUGGCUCUGUUCACCUUCCAGAAUCACAUUUUCAGCCCCAUCUUCAUCCUUGGAGCCUUUAUCGCCAUAUUCAUUGGACGAGCUCUCAACAUCUACCCGCUGUCCUUCCUUCUCAACCUCGGUCGAAGGCACAAGAUCAAGGGAAACUUCCAGCACAUGAUGAUGUUUGCUGGUCUGCGUGGGGCGAUGGCGUUUGCUUUGGCCAUCCGGGACACGGCUACCUACGCCCGCCAAAUGAUGUUCACCACCACGCUGCUCAUCGUCUUCUUCACUGUCUGGGUGUUCGGUGGGGGAACCACGCCCAUGCUGUCCUGGCUACACAUCAGAUUUGGGAGCGGCAAAAAAUUACAGGAAGAUCGACGUCAGCAUGGAGAGUGGGAGUACCUCAGGGUCGAUGUGGAUCCAGAUCAGGACCAGCAGCCGUGUGGAGACAGUUUCCAGGUCUUACAGGGGGACGGCUCCCAGGCUGAAGGACAGAGUAAAACCAAGCAGGAGAGUGCGUGGCUCUUCAGAUUGUGGUACACCUUUGAUCACAAUUACCUGAAGCCCAUUCUGACACACAGCGGUCCACCUCUCACCUCCACUCUGCCCAGUUACUGCGGACCGCUGGCCAGCUGUCUGACCAGCCCACAGGCUUACGAGAACCACGAGCAGCUGAGGGACCCCGACACCGACCUCAUCCGCAACGACGCCGACCUGACCUUCACGUUCGGCGACACUUCCAUCACGGCCAACGGGGCCUCGGGCGGGGGGGCGGACGCUGCCGGGGGGUCGGGCUGGAGCGCCAAUGGAAAGAGGAGCGGCAGCACGUCUGAGGAGGCGCUGGAACGUGAGCUGGACUCCCGCGAGCAGGAGCUGCUGAGCCGAGGCACACGGCUGGUUUUCCCCAUCGAGGACCACGUCUGACCUCGACUCCGUCCCCGCCUGAGCCGCCGACCUCCCUGACCCGACCCACGGACCGCCUCGCCCCUCAGCUCCCUCCCCCUCUGUGCAGGCAGAGCGUCCAGUGCUUCAGAGAUAAGACAGAAUGGAGAUAUGGGAGUAGACAGGAGGGUCAGAGUGACUCCCUGUAGGCCGGGGAGCACAGCUCAAGGAGCAUUUCAUCCUCAUUACAGAAAUGGAGUUUAUUCUCCAGGAGAUACGAGCGUCGGGAGAGAAAAUCUCCAUUUGUCUGCUGCAUAAACCGGAGGGAAACCGGGACGUGGGGAGAAAAUGUGCCCAUGCAAGGUUCAAUCUGCACUUCUGAACGUGUGGCUCAGUGAGUUCAGCUGGGAAAGAAGCAGAAAUGUGAUCAGUCUGUCUUCACAGUACACCAGUCAGCAGCGACACAACCCUCAGAGCCCCAAACCCAUCUAGAUGUUGCAGAGGCCUCAGACUAAGUUACAUUUCUACCAUCCAUCCAAAGCUGCUAACAGUCCAGUGUUUGAGAAAGUGUCCAUUCUUUCACACAAAAGCAUUCAUUAGAGGCGCUUGAGGCCUGUGAGGAGCACAGAGCUGGAUGGCGAACACGUUUCCUUCGUCAUGGGUGAAGAACGUGAGCAUGUAAAUAGCUACAAUGCUGAGCUUUGUUCCUCUUUAUCGGGGGCCAGUCGUCUCAGUGCUUUACACCCAAUGACUGUUACAGAUAACGUCUGUGUGUCUUGUCUUUGAGCAGGCUUGGAUCCUUUUCUGUGUUCUGGACUGUUUUUAACACCAAUUUCACAAUCGAGGAACUAAUUUUAUUGUUUCUGAUGAGAAAAGGCUGAUUUCCCCAAACUGUAGAACUAGGCGUGCACCCUAAUGCAGUUUAGGAAAAUACAGAGAAGGCCUUCAUUGUGUUUUGUUUUGUUUUUUUGCAAAAAAUGGUAAUUAAAUGAGAAGAAAAAAAUCAAAUCAUCAAAGGAGCUGCUGCAACUGAACAACACUGUCAUACUGAUAUAUCUGCUGAUGAUUUUCUUAAUUAAUUGCUUCAUUGGUUGAUUUGUUUGAAAGGCCAGUUUUUAUAAAAGGCAAAAUGACAAAAAACAGAUGCAAAUCCUCACAUUGGAGAGGCUAAAACCAGCGAAUGUUUAACUUUUUUGAUUGAAAAAUGACUGAAAUGAUUUAUUUCAACUGACCGACUAAUUCCAUUAGUUGUUUCAGCUCGAUAUUUAAGCGACUUGUUGCAUUUAGAGCUGCCGCACAGCAUAAGAAAGCUGCAAAGUAGUGGCAACCAUAACCACGGCUUUAGCUGUUUUUACUUUGAACUUGUGUCCACAAACUUUCAGACAUGUGAAACUUAAAAUCGGAACUAAAAUAAAAGAGAGAGACCCCUGACACUAACCACAGAACAGGAGAUUAUUAAAAGAAGUGCUUGCAUAUAAACUCACCCUUUACCUGCAUCAGCAGUGUAUCAACGCAUAAACAUUGAUGUCUCUGGGCUGUUUACCCACAUUUUAACCCCAAUAUAUAUAAAUAUUAACACACUUUCAUUAACAGAAAUUCCCAGUUUGUGUUUCCUGUUCUUGCUUGGAGCUUUUCUGAGUUCACAUUUGUCUGCGUACAUUUUCAGUUUAAGAGAAUCGUAUGAGUGAGCUGAUUUUGUGCAACGUGACACAAUGCUUGUCAGGGUACUUUGGGUGUGAUUCUGGUUAAACAAUAGCUCACCAUUUUUGGGAAACUGGUCAAGACUGACAUGGUUUUCAUAUCUGUCUGUUAAAUGUGAAGUGAAGAUGAUUAGUUUCACUUCACACAAAGUCAGAAAACAGUUAGUUUGGUUCUAAAUUAAUCCCUUGAGGCCAAUUGUCACAAAUUCGCGACAUACUACUUUCAUUUAGACUGCCGCCCAGAUAGCGUAUCCAUUCCCCCAGUGCCGGUUUGUGCAUAUUCAGUAUGUACCUAGGAAACUUUUGCAAGCACUGGUUUGUCGUAGGACCAGUCGGAGUGGGACCUAAAUUAUCUGUUGUUAUUGUUAUAUAUAUAUAUCUGUUCUAUGUGUAACAGACAAAUUAACAAUUGCCGCUUAAUUUAGCAUCAGCUGGAAAGCAAAAACACAAAUUCUAUAUUUUUUUAUAUAAUUGUAAAUAAAUUCAGUUCGGUUAACAUGCAAUAAAUAGUUUGUUUAAUCUGCAGAAAAAUUUAAAUGCAAAAUGAGCCCUUGCAUGGAAAAACUGCCUUUUGGUUAAUAUUACUUGUCACAGUACCUAGUGAUGUGAAGAUGGGUGAUACGUUAAAGGAAAACCCAACAUAAACUGUCAUUGUAAGGUGCUGGGCUGCAAAAAGAAGUGUCCAGGUCUCUGAACUCUACUGGGUGGAUAAAACCAGUCCUCUGCAAGAAUUUCCCUUAUUUGGUGUUUUGAUGAUAGUGCUGGGAGCAAAUGUCUAACAUGUUAGUUCAACAUCUUCCAUAGGUGUUCAGUUGGGUUGAGAUCUGGUGACUGUAGUGGCCGUAACAUAUGAUUCACAUCAUUUUUUUGCCGUAUGGGUGGAGAUGUUGUCAUCCUGGAAAACCCCACUUAAGAGGCGAUAAAGGUGAUUGCUCAGAACAACUUCUGAUUGAUUCGCGGUAACCUUUCCCUGUAAAGGAAACAGUGGAGCCACCGGGUCUCCUCAGUGCAGAGGUUUCAAGUUUUUCCUUUAAUUUGUCAUGUUCCUCUGCUGAAAUUGGGUUUUCCAGUACCUCAAAUCAGACUUUAAGGCUCAAUGUGUGACUCCGUAAUUGUGUAGAAGUGUGAUUUAUGUUGUAAAUUGGCACAAAGUACAUAAAAUUUAAAUGAAAACCCAGAACUUUCUCGCUGCACCACAUGAUUAAACUUUGCAUAUUUCAGUCAUUUUAAGAAUUUCUAAUUAGGCACUUGUACUUCUUUAUGGAAAACCCCACAUCAAAUGCUUAAAACAGAGUAUUUUUAUAUAUCUUCAAAACUGCCUGAAGGAGAUCUUUUACCUUUGGACUGAGCAAAAACAACGAGCCAUUUUCUUAUUUCCUGCUCUGUUUUUCUGCUAAACUAACCAGCUGGCAGCAUAGUGAGUGUAUUUUUAGUCUCCUUAUCUAACUCUAUCAGAAAAUUAAGAAAUGCCAAACAACUGUGCAGCUGUUUACCCCAUUCAUUCCCCCUUGACGCACAUGAAUAAUGCUAAAAUCGAGACUUCCUUAAGCUUUCAUUACAAGUAACCCGAUCAUCCGUCUUUCUGAAAACACAGAUAAUGAACAGGAACACACUAUAUGAGGUUCUCCAUUAAUAAAAAGAUGUGAACAGUCUACAGUAUCUGUUUUGGUAUCAUAUUAACCCAUAUGUUCUCAGCGUUAGACUGGUUCUUCCAUUCACUUGUUGCUUCACUGACCUGUGUUAACUCACAGGUCUUCAGUAUUUCACUCUUUGAUUUGUCCCACUUGACAUUUUCAGCAUCUGACCACACAAACGGAUUGAUUUGCAUCGUUCAUGAGUGACACACAUGUUGAAUUAAUAAUACCGGAUCAGUUACUCUUUGGUGAUCUUCUAACCACAUUUCCUCGCUGUUUGCAGUUUUGAAAUUCCUCCUAUGCAGUGCGAUUAUAAGCGGAAACUUGUUGAUUUGCAUAUUUUCCUCCUCAAGAUGCUACAUUGAGCCAAUAAAUGCAACCAGCAGCGUAUUAACUUGCAGCGUCUUGCGGGUUUACAACGCUCCACUCAGAUGCUUCAGAGUGGCACAGCAGCUGGUUUGAUGCAACGGCUGGGAAUCAGAGGUUUUUCUUCUGUUGAUUCUUGCUCCUGAGGGUUGCAUUUUGUCUGGACACCUGAACCGGUCCUCGUUUUAAAUUCACCACAUGGCACGUGUCGCCUUUUGUUUCCCUUCCCUCCGACUGCACACAGAGCCUGUUGCAUUUAUGUAUGAGUACACGGGUGCAGGUGUGAAAGGCAUUACUGUGAAUCCGAGGCUUUCAUGUGAGGGAGAAGCCCCCCUGCACAACUUUGGAGACUCAUACGAGGAAAUGAAUCUGCGUAGUUAUGUAAUCUGUUGCCAAUCUGUAAGCAGUGUGGCUCUUUUAAACUGCAGUGAAGCUCUGUUUAGAAUCAGCUUUUAGUGUCUGACGGAAUAAUCACUUGUUUGACUGUGAUACGGAAGGUUACAAAGCCCCAAGAAACGUACAUACAGCAGAUGUUAUUGUGUGUCUGGAAUGUGAAAAGCAAACUGUGAUUUUCCCCCCCCCAUAAUUCCUGCUGUAUCGGCUGACGUUUGUGCAGAAAAACUCAGACCUGAUCAACAUAGAGGAGUUUUUCCUUCGGGAGCACUUUGUAGACGUCAUGAGCGACUUAAACGACGGCUGAAGACAGAUAAAUGAGCAGAGUUCGGCACUUUACCUCGAGCAGAGGACACUCGUGGGACUCUUAUAUAACCUUCAUGUGCACUCUCCGUUUCUCUCUCCAGACUGUUGUGCUGUCACUUGUCUUGCCGGCUAUAUUUAAAUGCUCUCUGUACCUGAGAAAUACGAGACGUAGCCCGAUCGUCUGUAUGUGCACCUGUUGUCUCUAGCAGCAACUGGCUGCCAGGCCCCAUCCGCCAUCAGUUUGCAUGUCAACAUGUUAAUAAAAAGACUAAUUCUGAGCCACA